CUUCCGCUAACUUGAAAGAGCACUUAUGACUAAAUUUUAUCCUUAAAUUUAUAUAUAUUUGAAAUGGCUGCAUUAUUUGCUUGUACAAAGUGUCACAGGAGACACCCUUUUGACGAAUUAUCUUCAGCUGAACAACUGUGCAAAGAAUGCAGAAAUUACUACCCCAUAGUAAAGUGUACUUAUUGUAGAAUUGAAUUCCAACAGGAAGACAAAACCAGUACAAAUUCUAUCUGCAAGAAGUGUGCUCAGAAUGUCAAACUGUAUGGAAAGCCAUCAGCCUGUGAAUAUUGUAAUAUCCUUGCUGCAUUUAUUGGAAACAAAUGUCAGAGAUGUACUAACUCGGAAAGGAAAUGGGGUGCUCCGAAAACCUGUGAACAAUGUAAACAGAAAUGUGCUUUUGAAAGAACAGACAACUCAACUAAAGUUGAUGGAAAAUUAAUGUGCUGGUUGUGUACAGUAGCCUAUAAACGAGUGCUGGCUAAAGCUAAGUUAAGGCAGGAAGUAUCAAGAAAGAACUUUGGGUCUCAAAAACAGUCAUCAGAAAAAUCAGAAAAAUCUGAAAAAUCAGAACAAAUUGACAAAUUUGAUAGUAUAAUGAACAAAACUACGGAUGAAAACAAGCCAGGACCUAAAACUGAAAAUACAAGUAGUUCUGUUACUGAAAGUCAGGAGAGUACUGGUAGUCAGGAUGAGAAAUCUAGUGAACGGAAGCCUCAUAAACAUCAUAAACACAAACAUCAUCAUCAUCACCACCACCACAAACAUAAACAUCACCACAGUCAAAAAUCAAGUGAACCAAAUACUCCAACAGCAGCACAAACUCCACCCAAGAAACCUCGGUUAGAGACAAACUCAUCCACUAAUGGUGUUACACCAACAAAAAGUGGAAGUAGUUUGUCCUCAAUAACAGGGUUAAAUAUGAGUAGUCUGACAGACAGAUCAACUGAGGACCCCCACAGCUCAGAACAUCUGAUAGCUUUACAGCUUCUACAGGAACAGAUGGAAGGACUGAAGAAAACACUACAACAAAAAGAACAACAGCUUCUGGAAAAAGAAAAAAAGCUAACAGAACUGAAGGCUCAGAAUUAUGAAUCAGAGAAAGAGUGGAGAAUAAAAUUUACAAAUUUACAGAAAAAACUUACAGAGGCAACAGAGAACAAUCAGAUCAAAGUACGUGACUUAAUGAAACAGAUAUCAACAUUAUCUAAAGGGAAGAAGCUAAAAGGACUGGACAGUCCAGUCCCUAGCCCUUUAGCAUUAUAGGACUGAUAAAGGCAGUCCUUUAGAAUUAUAGGACUGAUAAAAGACGGUCCGUUUAGAGUUAUAUAGGACUGAUAGAAGACAGUCCUCUAGGUUAUUAGAACUUCCCAGCAAUCUCAACAAAGGCUUAUAGCUUUGUAACAUCAGAAAAGAUUCAUGUGUUAACCGAUUUUCUUUCAAGGGAUCAAUUCUAUUUUGAUUCUGUGGGUUCAUCAUGUUACCUGUUGUACUUAGUUUCCAGGAUCUCAUGAGUAGACGUGAACCAACAAUUCAAAUGAACUAUGGAGUACUUAUUUUCUACAAGGUUGAAUGCAGAAUUUCAAAAAAUCAUAAAAUCAAGUAUUCAUUAGAAUACAAUUUUUCCUCAGUCCACGAUGAUUGUUACCCUGGAAACUAAAUGAAUCCACAGUAUUUUAUCAAAGUAAAAAUCAAAGUAAAAAAGUAAAGUAAAGUAAAGUUUAUUAAAGUAAAAAUCAUUCAGGCAUAACUCUUGUAAAUUCAAGUUAAAGUCACUUUGAUUCUAGCUGUUGCACAGUACUUUUUUUUAAAACUUCCCAAUGGUUUGAACAUCUUUUGGUCUUUUGACCAGUUGCAAGAAGAUUGGUCAACAUUGAUUAGGUUUCUGGUGUAAAUAUAUUGUUUUUAACCCUGUAAAUUAGAAUUUAAUGUAUUUAUAUGUAUAAUUUUAAAUAUUUAUAUUUUAUACUGAAUGUUAUCUAUUAUAAUAUAUGUAAGCAGUGAUUUUAAAUGCAAAGGAAUUUUUAUUUUAACUGUUAAAAUUGAAAGUAGCAAAGUGUAUUUUGCAAAAUGGCUGACAACAAUAUAUACUCUGAACAACAAGAAACACACAAUGUUUUCCACAUGCAUUGAAUUAACAUUAGAUUUAUGAGAAACUAAAAUAUAUUCAGCAUUAUUUGAUGUUAAUCCUAGGUUGACAUUAAAAUGGUUUUUUUCUGUUAACAUUGGAAGUUUCAUUCGUCAAAUUAUAAAUCAAAAGAUUGAUAUUGACCUGGUCAUUUUCUAAAUAAUUCUUUCAGAAAAUGACAGUUAAAGCAAAAUUUCUAAAGCAUAAUGCAUAAAACUCUUGAAGUUGGUGUAUCUGUUGAGUUUUUUACCGAAAUACAAAUGAUUGACAUUACAAUACAUGCACACAAAGACAUACAAAUCAAGCAAAAUAUGUAUUAAUAAGCAAGCAGUAUCAAGCGAGACAAGAUUUGAUCAUAUCAAAUAAUAAACACAAAACGUAUGAAAACUAAUAAAUGAACACCAAAACAUACUGCACACAGAUAAUCAAAAGAAUCAUUCAUGUAGAGCUUGAUCCCUCAAGACCUACACGAGACUAACAUUAAUGUAAUUUUACGAAAAUUUGGCAAAAUUAUCUAUGGGGGAUAGAAAAAGUUGUUGGGAAUUAAAAACCCCAAUUUCUUAAAUUUGUCAUUUUCAUUGUAUCUGUUCUGUUACAUCAAGGAUCAUUUGUAUUAUAAACAUAAUAAAUUCCAUUUAUUGCAAACACUAUGGCAAGAGUUAUAUGCACUUGAUCUUGUACUAAUUGAAGGUGGUGUGUUUCUUUGGUUGUUCUGUAUACAUGUAUAUCAAAAUGUUUUUGAAUUAUUACAAAACUAAAUGAAGCCAAAAAAAAAGAGAUAAAAAAUAAGAUGUUGGUUGAUUUAAGCAUCUCACUCCAGGGUCAUUUUUAAAAUAAAUUCAUUGACUAUUGUUUGCUUUUCAUCCAGUGUCUUUUUUUUUAUAUAGAAAACUUAAAAUAAUCAAAGGGGUUGUGUAUUUUUUAUUUUUUUUUUUAAGUAUACUUUAAAAAAUGUUGAGCCAAAAAUAUACAUGAAAAUUUUUAAAAAAAGUCCAUUUUGAUUUAAAAAAAAAAAAUCAAUAACACAUACUCUCUGUGAGAAGUCACAAUGACACAAGGAGGGUCUGGAUGGGGUUAACAAAAUACAGAUUAACAGGAAGAAAGCAAAUAAAAGAUAAUAAUGGGGUGCUAAAAUAUAAAGAGCAGAGAACAAUGAGUUGCCAAAAUAUAAUGAAUAGAGAAUAACAGGGCGCUGAAAUAUAAAUAAUAAAGAAUAAUGAGCAAAGAUAAAGAACAGAGAAAAAUGGCACAAAAAAUUAAAGAAUGAAGAAUUGAAAUACCCCUAAUCGAGACCCUCAAACAUGAGAUAUGCAGAAAUGAAAUACCCCUAAUCGAGACCCUCAAACAUGAGAUAUGCAGCUGCAUAGAAGUUUAGAAAUUGAAGGUAUAGAUUAAGCGCAAACUUUCCAAAAUUUUCCUACAACAGAAAAAACUUGCGCUUAAUUUAUGAUUUUUAGAAUUAUUUAUUAUAUUUAAAGUGCUAUAACUUUAAGCUUGCCAAUAUUAUAUUUAUUGAAGAAAAAAAUUUCUUGCAAACAUGUAUUAUUGAUCGUCCCAAAAAUAACUUUUGUAUUUAUAGGGAGAGAAUAAAGAGUUGACUUCAGCUUGCCCCUCCCCAAGACUUCAGUUUGCCCCUCCUCAAAGGUGGCCAAAACUGUUCAAAACCUGUAAUACUUGUAAAGUGGUUAAAAGGGGAAGUGGGAAAUUAUAGGAAGAAUUACAGAAACUUUUCUGUCACUCUGUAUCAAUCAUUUUUAAAAAGCCCUUUCCAACAUCCCUAUGAGCAUAUCUGGAAGAGUCUUAUCUUAAACUUAUAAAAUUUCAAUUAUGUUAAUUCUAUACUGUGGAUUCAUUAUUAGGGCUAUUCCAUUAAAAUGUAUGUGGGAGGGUAGGAAGGGACUUUCAAAAUAUCCCUACAACCAAGAACCAUUUUUUAGAUAAUUUUUCAUAAUGGUAAUAGACGCAUGCUGAAAAAAGACCCAUGACCCACAUUUAAUAAUUAAACUUCCCUUCCUACCCUCCCACAUACAUUUUAAUGGAAUAGCCCUUAUUCGUGGGAUACAAAUUUUUCGUGGAUUUCUGUGUGUCGUUAACUACAAAUUUGAGUGUUCAACAAUGUACAGAUUUUCUAUAAACUGUUUAGCUGACUUUAGCAAAACAAUGAAUCCAAAUAUCCAUAAAAAUAUAAUUUUUCAUCAAUCCACCAAAAAAUAAAUGAAUCCACAGUAUUUUACAUUGUAUUCUAGUGUUCAUUAAAAUGUGUUCAGAGAUAAAAAAAAAUAUGGAUGAAAGAAGGUUGCCCGAUUUGUUUAUUAUUUUCUUUUAAUUUAUUUAUGUCCUAGCACAUCAUUUUAACAAAGGCUUUGUUGUGACAGUAAUGCGUGUGUUUCCCGAUCCAAUGUUUUAACGAAAAAGGAAAAAAUCUCAUAUUUUCUACUAUUAAAAGAUUUUUUCAAAGUAUCUAGCUAUCCAGAUGAUAUCUAUUUUAAAUUGAAUGUUUAUGAGAAAGUUUGAAUGUUUUAUUUUGACCAUUUGUGAGUAUGGCCUUAUUUAUAUAUACCUCAGUGUUUAUCAUCAACUUUAUAGUCAGCCACAAGUUAAAUAUUUAGACAAUACUGUUUAUAUUAUCUUUGAAUCGAUUUUAUAAAUUUUGUUUGUUUGUUUAUAGCUAUAAACUUUAAAGCUAACAAUUUUUCUGAAAUUAUAUAAUUGAUUGUAUUUUUUUCACAAUUAAUAGUUUUUUCGAUUAAUGCAAUUUAAGCUAGAGUUAUUUCCCUGUGGUUGCCAUGUUAGAGGUCUA